CCCGCCCAGCGCUCUGGAGCGGCUGCGAGGAGGAAAUGGCGGCUCGUCUCGGCUGAGACCCUCCGCGGUAGCGGCGAGAUUUACCCCCAAACCCCUCCCCGCGGAGCCAUCAGGAAAAAGACGAUUGAGAGUACUUGGUCCUGCUGACGGCUCCGAGGCUUAGUCUUGCACUUCUGAAUGGGGAGAUUCAGCAUGUGCUGGGAGGAUAAUGCUGAAUGACUCUGAUCCUUUGCUGCCCUCCUCUGGCUCUCCUUUUCAUUCCACUCUGCAGGGAGAAACCAUUCCAACCAUUCCAUUGAAUGCUGGGUCAGCAUUUCAGGGUGAGGACAUUGGUGUCCGUACUAUGGAACACUCUGGAGGUUCGCAAUCAGUGCCAUUAGACUCUGAAUCUAAUACUGACACCAUGGAAAAUAAUUCUCCUGCAUCAGUUUUGGAUGAUAAAGGUGAUCAGAGCAAUGAGGAGGAACAAAAACCAAUGAAGCCUACAAGUAAAGAGUUCAGGAAAACAUGGGGCUUUCGAAGGACUACAAUAGCUAAGCGAGAAGGUACAGGAGAUGUGGAUGUGGACUCUAGUGAGCAACAGCCACAACAGCAACAGCAAAGCUUAAAUCUCAGGCGUAGUGGACGGCAGCCAAAGCGAACAGAGAGAGUGGAAGAAUUCCUUACAACAGUAAGGCGCAGAGGAAGGAGGACUGUUCCUACCACUCUGGAAGAUUCCAGUGAACCAGCAUCCUGUCCAGCUACAGAUGCUGAAACUGCUUCCGAAGAUAGUGGUGAGAGCACUCCAGAUGUGAAACGUGUGACUCGGAGGAUUAGCACUAGGAGUUGUAAGGAUCAGAAAGACUCCUUAAGCACAGAAUGCCCAAAAGAUGAUGGUGAAGAAGAGGAGGAGGAGGAAGAGGAGGAAGAUGAUACUUCUGAUAGUGAUAGUGAUGGGUUAACACUAAAGGAACUGCAGAAUCGACUAAGAAAGAAACGUGUUGAGCAGAAACCUGGGCAGCUGGCACUGAAGGAUAUGCAGACACGCCUGAGGAAAAAACAUUCAGAACAAGACCCUCCAGAAGCAGGUGAGGUCCGGACUGAAAACCAAGUUGUGUCUGAGUUGGCAGUCAAACAGGAACCUGAAACUGCAGACAGCACUGAGAUUGCAAGUCAAGUGGUUGUGUCUGAAGAAGAUACUGAAGACCUUCAGGUACAGAAGGAAGCAAAGGCUGCACUCAGCACAAAAGAGAUCACAGAUGAAGAAGGCGAAGAAGUGCCCAAAAGCAAACCCGAGUCUGAGAUUUAUGACCCUAAUGCACUGUAUUGUAUUUGUCGUCAGCCCCAUAACAACAGGUUUAUGAUUUGCUGUGAUAGAUGUGAGGAAUGGUUUCAUGGUGACUGCGUGGGUAUUUCUGAGGCUCGAGGACGGCUGUUGGAAAGGAAUGGUGAGGACUAUAUCUGUCCAAACUGCACCAUUCUGCAGGGACAGGAUGAGCCUGUUUCAGAAACAGACCAACAGGAAGCUAAAGCAGGGCAAGUAAAUGUGGAUGGCACAGAAUUCACCAGCAUAGGAACAAUUGAACAGAAAUCGGUUGAGGACCAAGGAAUCAAGGGUAGGAUUGAAAAGGCUGCGAAUCCAAGUGGGAAGAAAAAACUGAAGAUAUUUCAACCUGUAAUUGAAGCUCCUGGUGCAUCAAAGUGCAUUGGUCCUGGCUGUUUUAAUUUGGCACAGCCUGAUUCCGUGUAUUGUAGCAAUGACUGUAUCCUCAAACACGCUGCAGCCACUAUGAAGUCUUUAAGUGCUGGCAAAGAUGCAAAACCAAAACCUAAGGAGAAGAUCAAACCAAAAUCUGAAAAAGCUGGCACACCGAAAUCUCAGCUGCAGGGAGGUACUAAGCCUCUUUCAAACCUAAAGAGACCAUUUCCUGAGAAAAGAGAGACGAAUUUGAAGACUGUUUUGACACCUACCAAGACUGAGGCAAACACUCAACCUGUUGCUAAAGAGCCCGCAGCAGAAAUCAGCACACCGUCCUGGGCAAGCGAUCAUAAUUACAAUGCUGUAAAGCCUGAAAGGACUGCUGCCAUUUCAUCUUCACUGUUGUUCAAAUCUCAAAGAGAAGAGAAAAGGAAUGAAGACAGAGCAGAGUCGCUGUCGAAGAAAGCCCUUCUGUCUGUAGUGGAGAAACAGAAAUCUCUCACUAAAAAUCUUCCUUCAAAGAAGUCUCCCUCCUUCUCUAACCCCUCAGUAACCAAACAGCCACACAAACCUGCUGGGAGUUUCAAAGGGGUCAUUCCCAAGAAACCUUGGCCCUCGUCAGGCAGUGCUGCUUCGAAACAUACAUCUCUUUCUCAUGGCUCAUUAGUUUCCAAGAAGCCAACUCCAUCUUCCAGCUUGGGUGGAGGACUCAAAAAGCCUUCACAAUCUUCUGUUUCUACUGCAUCUGGAAGUCAAGCCAAAGCAGCACCUAGCCCUGUCCAGUCACAGCCCAACUCUCAGAUUCGACAGAACAUUCGACGAUCCCUGAAAGAAAUUUUAUGGAAGAGAGUCAAUGACAGCGAUGAUCUGGUCAUGACAGAGAGUGAAGUGGGGAGAGUAGCACUCAAUAUCGAAAAGGAGAUGUUUAAUUUGUUCCAAGUUACAGACAACAGAUACAAGAGUAAAUACCGGAGCAUCAUGUUCAAUCUCAAGGACCCCAAAAACCAGGGACUUUUUCAUCGUGUCCUUCGUGAGGAAAUCUCUCUGUCAAAGCUGGUGAGAAUGAAACCAGAAGAACUUGUCUCUAAAGAACUGUCUGUGUGGAAAGAGAAACCAGCCAAAGCUGUGAUAGAGUCAAGAAGCAAAUCUCAUGAAAUCAAGAAAACAGUUGUGAAACGGGAACAUGUGGCAGCUGUAAAUAUGGAAGAUUCUCCACCAGUGUCUGACUCUGAUGAGCAGCAAGAGUCAUCCCGAACUGGACAGAACUCAAACAGUGCUCCUUCUCUAGAUGUUUUUAGCAGUAUGUUGAAGGAUACGACGAGUCAACAUCGAGCCCAUCUUUUUGACCUGAACUGUAAAAUCUGCACAGGUCAGAUUUCAGCAUCUGAAGAUGAUAUGCCACCUAAGAAGAUGAAGAUGACGGCUCCUGUUAAAAAGACAGAGUCGAAAUCGAAAACAGAAGUUCAGCCCAAGUAUGAAAGCUCUGCACCAACAGCAGAGCCUGACAAAGAGGCUGUCUCUGAAAACACAAUGGACGUUGAAGUGGGAGCGGCAGCUGAAACGGUUUCUCAGUCAAGCGUAGAAGAGACUUGCAUUCCUACAACCCAGAGCCAAAACAAUGCAGAUUCAUCUGUACCUGAAGAGGCUUCAGCUUUUCCUGCCUCUUGUGCUGGUGGGGUUGUCACAACCAUAACAGUUUCUGGCAGAGACCCUAGGACAGCGUUAAGCACCUCGUCUGGUGUUGCGACGCCAGCCCUGCGUUCUGCUGCUGCAUCAGACAAAGCUUCAACAGGGGAAACAAAACAGGAGACUUCAAAACCAGCUAUGGCUGUACCCAAAUCAAUAUUGACAAAACCAUCCUCCUCACCAGAUCCAAGAUAUUUAGCAGUUCAUCAGUCACCCAACAUCAAUGUCGCAGAGCCACGGUCACCUCAGGACAGCGACACUUCUCUCUUUCUCUCUCGGCUCAACACCAUUUGGAAAGGAUUUAUUAAUAUGCAGAGUGUGGCCAAAUUUGUCACUAAAGCAUAUCCUGUAUCGGGGUGCUUUGAUUAUCUUAGUGAGGAUUUACCAGAUACAAUUCAUAUUGGUGGGAGGAUCUCACCGAAGACAGUCUGGGAUUAUGUGGGCAAACUCAAAUCUUCGCUUUCUAAGGAGUUGUGUUUGAUUCGUUUCCAUCCUGCCACAGAAGAGGAAGAAGUUGCCUAUAUCUCUCUCUACUCCUAUUUUAGCAGUCGUGGUCGUUUCGGUGUUGUAGCUAAUAACAACAGGCAUAUCAAGGAUCUCUACUUGAUCCCCCUGAGUACUAAGGACCCAAUUCCUUCCAAACUCUUGCCUUUUGAGGGACCAGGGCUGGAGACAUCUCGGCCCAAUUUAAUUCUUGGAUUGGUCAUCUGUCAGAAAGGGAAGCGCCCUGCCACUGGCCUUGACACAGAAAAGACAGAGGAAAAGCGAAGCAGGAUUCAAACACAUGAGGAAACUGAAGCAUCCGUGUUCUCUAAAGGGCCAGCAGCUGCUCCACAGGAGAAGAGAGCUCCCAAAUACCCACUUUAUUCAGGAGAUUCAGCUGUAAGUACAACACCACCUGGAUCUCCUCCACCACCGCCCCCGCUGCCUGCUCCAGACACCUCUGCAGUUACACCUUCAGUAUUAAAAAUACUCUCCUCCAUUAAAAGUGGACCUACAACUACAGUACCACCCCCCACGUCAACUGCUGCUCCUGCAAGCUCUGCUGCAACACCUUCUUCAUCCUCCAAAACCGCCACUCCCCUCGAGCACAUCCUGCAGACGCUCUUUGGGAAAAAGAAAAGCUUUGAGCCUCUUGCUAAAGAUUCUGAAACUGCCCAGCCUUCUAGUCAGGAAGGUCGAGGUGCUGCUGAUGGGGCAGUGGCAGCUGUUCCUUUGUUAGAUCCCAUCGUGCAACAGUUUGGACAGAUGUCGAAAGACAGAGCUAUAGAAGAGGAGGAGGACGACAGGCCGUACGAUCCCGAAGAAGAAUAUGGCCCAGAGAAAGCUUUUGAAUUGCAGAGUGGUGAAAGUGAAAAGCGCUAUAACGUGGAAAAGCCAUCGAAUGCAGCCGAGCUGGAGGAUGAGGCCUAUGAUCCAGAGGAUGAAACCAUCUUGGAAGAAGCAAAAGUUACUGUUGAUGACUUACCUAACAAGAUGUAUACAGACACUAAAAGCGCUUCUUCAGAACCCUCUGCUGCCUAUGUGCCUGAUUUAGCUGCAUCCUCGUCCUUGGUAGAACAGCAAAAAAUGCUGGAAGAAUUGAAUAAGCAAAUAGAAGAACAGAAAAGACAACUGGAGGAACAAGAAGAAGCUCUCAGACAGCAGAGGGCAGCUGUUGGUGUUUCAAUGGCUCAUUUUUCAGUGUCUGAUGCUUUAAUGUCACCGCCACCAAAAACUUCCCUGAUAAAGACUGAAUUAUUUCAUCAGGACCAGCAAGCUACACAAAAAGUGGAUUUACCUUCGUCUUUAAAUCAGCAAACACAAGUUUUGAACCAGGGCUGUGACCCAAGGCAGAACAGAGAUCCUCGGCAAGCUAGAAGGAUGGUGGCAGAGACUAACGACACUGUCGAUCCUCGAAUAAAACCACAAGUGGUGCAGAACGAGAUACCCCCAAGAGAAGUAGAUCCAGCAAGUUUCCCAGAUGCUUUGCAGCUUCCAGUUGUUGAGGAAAACACUGCUUUAAUUUUUGAUGAUCAGUCUGGUUGUAGGAGUGAUGGUUGGGCUCCCCAAAAAGAGGCAGCUAACAGCAAACUGGAAAACGCUCUUCAAGCUACUUUGGAAAACAUGAGUCAGACGAGUUCUGGAGAAGGUUCUGCGUCCAAACCUUUACGUAAAGUGCUGCUUCCAACACCUCCAAGUACAUCUUUUCAGCCUGGUUUCUCCAUGUCAAAUGACAAUCAGUGUUUGCAAGAUAUGCACACAAUGUCCUGGCCCAGUGAGUCCAAGGAAGUAAUGGGAGUGGAUUCUUUCUCAAAUGUGAUGUUUCCAUCUCAGGAACAGGCAGCUGGUCCCUUUGAAGCGGAGAGAGGCCUUUCAUCGGUGCAAUACGACGAGCAAAGAAAUCCUCAGUCUCAUCCAUUUGUGGAACAAAUGGAAGCUCCAUCGAUUCAGGGUGAGGGUGGACCACAGCACUUUGAAGAGAACCGAGCUGGACCUGCAUUUCCAUUGGCUGGACAGAAGGGAGGGCCUGCACAGCCACUUGUGCUCAGUGCACCUGGACCUCAUGGACCUAAUUUCAGAGGACCAGCACCGCAGUUCCCUGAAGAGCAGGUUUCUCCAAAUGACGAUGGGCAAAGAGGACCUCCGUCUGGGAGAUUUGGAGGUCCCAAGGGCCCCAUUCCUUCCUUAUUUUCUGCACAGCACGGACCUCUUUUUGGUGAUAAUAGGGGCCCUGCUCCUCCUUAUCAUGGUGUUCCCAGAGGAAUGUCACCCUCUCAGUUUGAAGAGCGUCGGGAACCUCCCAUGGAACAGAGGGAAUUUUCAGAUCCCCAGUAUAAUGAUAUGAUUAGGCCUCCAGGACAGUUUGAAGGACCAGAUCCCCCUCAGUUUAUGGGAAACAGAGGACCUGCACCUUUUCCUUUUGGAGGUCAAAGACGGCCCCCACCGGCUCAGUUUAAAGGACAGAGAGGAGGCCCUCACUAUGGAGGGCCGAGAGGUCCAGCCCCAAGUCACUUUGGGGGACCGAGAGGGCCUCACCCAAAUCAAUUUGAAGGACAGAGAGGGCCUCACCCAAAUCAAUAUGAGGGACAGAGGGGGCCAGCUCCAAACCACGUGCCUGGUCCAAGAGGACUUUUGCCACAGCCAUUUGAGGAACGGAGAGGGAGCCCCCCCAGAUUUGCCAACCAGAGAGGUCCAGCACCGAUUCCGUUUGGAGGACCAAGAGGAGCUGCACCUGCCCUGUUCCCAGAGGAAAACGAACCUCCUCCUUCCAGAUUCCAUUUCCAAGGUCAGUCUCCACAGGGUAUGAAGCCAAGCCCGAGACCCCUCCUGGACCUUCCAAGCCAUCCUCCAUCCCACAGAAAAGAAAUGUGGGAGGAAGCUGGACCAUCUGCAUCUCUCUCCAAUAUUUCUGGACAGGGGUCCGAGUCAGAAGGACAGUGGUCAGCCUCUGACUUCCGAGAAGGCAAAAACCCCGAGUUUAGAGGCCAGGCUUUUGAAGGGAGACAGAGAGAGAGGUAUGAUGGAGGAAAUAAAGAUAAGGGUUUAGAUCAGUCAGAGUCUCAGCAAGCAGAUAAUCGACAAGGGAGACCUUUUGAGGAAAGACGAAGAGAUCGAGAACACGGUAGGCCUUGGGAAAGAGACCGGGGCAGAAACUGGAACAGAGACAGAGACUGGGAGAGACACAGAGACAAGGAAUGGGACAAAAACAGGGACCGAAACCCAAACAAAGAGAGAGACAAGGAUUCGGAGCGGGGUAAAGAAUGGGAAAGAAACAGAGACCGGGACAGAGCAAGAACCAGAGAGAGAGAAUCCUACCGGAGGCGGGAUCGGGAGCGAUCGCGAAGCAGAGACAGAGACCGCGACCGAGAGAAAGACAGAGACCGUGAUCGCAGCCGAGACAAGGACCGAGAUCGGGAGAGGGAGCGAGACCGGGAGAGAGAGCGGGGCAAGGAUCGCAAAGACCGCAGCAAGAGCAGGGAAACUGGGAAAGAGAUGAAGCCAGAAACACCAAAGGAAACUCCGAAAGCGACAGAAACUGAAGCUUCAUCUUCCACUAACCAAUCUUAGAAAUGGGGUUGAUACUCUGGUCCCUAUAAAUAAUCCACUUUGGCAACACAGCAAGGACUGAGGCAGCAUCACCUGUAAAUAGUGUAUAUUCUUACCUUGACAAAACUGCUGCUGGCAAACGAGCCUUACAAAAUGAACUGACAGCGAGUCUUGAACAACUGUGAAUGCAAACACUCAGCAGCUGAAAGGCACAGACACACUGGACUUUCACUUGCUACCUUUUGUGCAUAAUGAUUUUUCUUAUAAAGACCCACAGCGUUACCUGUCGGGAGAUUUUGGGUUUUCUAUCUGCAUCUUUAUCUUAAAAGUUUCCAUUUACAGUACAGAGAUGGGAAAAGUCUAAGAAGAGCAUAUUGCUUUUAUAGAUUAUAAAGUUAUGUUUUCCAGUAACUUGAAUUGUAAUUUUAUAAGAGAAUUAAAGCCAGACCUUAGGAGCCAUACCUUUACUCUCAUUUACAUGAUAUUUUGGUGUCAAAGUUGUUCCUACAGCACACACUUCCAUGAAAGGAGCCUGAUGUUGCCAUCUGGUUUAUUUGACAGUACAAGGGUUGGGUGUGGUGAGGAACAGGCCGUAGGGGAACAGUGUUAAUCGACAGAGGGUUUGAAAACAGGAUGUUACCAGCUUCAACUGCACCAUCUGCCUUCUUAUAGGCUGGUACUUGGUGUUUUGGAAUCCACCUGAGAAGCUCCAGCAAAGAAUUGUACUUGGGUUUUUUCAUGAGACUUGGGGAGGGUCGUAAAUGUCACAUUUUUACAAAUCUGUAACAAAAGAACCCCCAAGAGCAGCACUUUUAUAACCAGCAACAAGCAGGAAAACAUCAGGCAUUGGUUUGGAAAAUGCCAGGACUGCAAAGGAAUUGGUACCAAAGGAAAGCAGGAGGAGUUGGUUAAAGAGGCCACAGGACCUGUUCCUUGGAUUGAGCUGAUUUAGUGGAGCAUUUGGGGGGGGUCAGUUUGGCUUUGCAGAACUUCACCAUAGACCAGAAAUGUUCCCAUUUCAUUGUCCUUCAAAAAAAGGGUGGGGGGUGCUUCUGAAAAAAAAAAAAGAGUUUCAUUGGGGUUUUUUUGUUAGACUCUGCUUAGGCUGGUAGUGUAAAUAAAAGUCCACUGAGGAAGGGAUGACUGCAUCGAGCUCACAGAGAGCUGUGGUGCUUCUGUGCUGUGGUUCAGGGGGGACAUUUCUCACUGUGAAAUCCAUGCCAUUGCUACUUCUCAUGUCUUCUACAGUAUGAAAUCAAACCCUGCUAAUUUAUUUGGGCAUGUAAAUGAACAAUGAGGGUUCCAUGUUUUGAUAUUUUUCUAAGAUAGCUUUGGAAAUGUGAAGAUGAGCUUCCUCUGAACACUUGCACCCCGAAGACUACGUCACAAGGAGCGUGUGUGCCAUGUAUCUCACACCAGAUCUCACACUUCACACUGGUGUGUCUUGGAAGUCCUUCGAGGAUUUGCCGGUUGAAACGAUCAUCUGUAGACAGAGAAUGAAAUGCAGAGAGGUGGGAUGAAAUGCAAACAUCUGCCAUGGUGUAAGGUUUCUUUUUUUCUUAAUGAGAUGUUUCUAAUUUAAAGACAUACACAAAAGUAUGCAAAAAGGGUGUUUGGUCACAUUUCCUUGAUAGACAUUUCUGUAAAUUGUCUUUUAUAUGGCAAAAAUAUAUCACUGUACAUGAAAAUACAGGACUUCACAGCUCUUUUGUUACUGGUCAGUAGAAUAAACAUCUACAGAGAA